GCUUCUCAGUUUCUGAAAAUUUUCACAAAAACCAAAGACAGAGAGAAGACCAAACGCUUCGUCACUCAACCGAUGAUGGACUUGGAUCAACUUCUCGAACUCGACAACGACGACCCAGUUCUCAAACCCCUUCCUAAGAAAAGGAAGAAGGUUAUUGGGUUGGAUGAUCUUUUGACUGAUUUCUACAAGGAAGAAGGCAAACUUGUCGAAAAGGCCGCAAGGAAGGCAAGGGCAGCGGCGAGGCAGAGGGAUGAUUCAGAUGAGGAAGAUGAUGAUAGAGAGGCUUCCCUCUGUCAGUUUGUUGAUACAUGCGAAAACAAGAUAAAUGGUAUAGGUGGUAAGGACGAUAUCUUUUUGUGGGGGAUAUGUGUUUUCGGAGACCAGAAAUCACCACCUCCUGUAGCUUUUCCCGAGCUUGAAAGUUGCACAAUCUUGCAGUCUUUCAUGAAUAACAAGCUGAAUUCUGAGUUUGAGAUCUGUACCGACAAUGGAGACACUUUGCUAGAAGGGUUACUAGUAAAUGGCUGGCUUUCAAAAGUGGUUUUUGCUAGAAGUCAUGUGGAAAAGUCUGUAGCCAUGUGGACCUUUAAUUUGAUGGUAUAUUCAUCAAAUGAAGAUUUGAGGACAUCUGCUUGUGACUUCUGGUGUGCUAUUCUCUCAUCAAAAAAUCAGGUUAAAAUCGAUUGGCUCCCUAGCUAUUCUGAGUUAAAAUUGGCUCUCAAAAACUAUGGUUUUCUGUUCAACUCUUCCAAUACCGAAUAUGUUCAUUCCAAUUCUGCUCGUCCAGGUCCAGCCCAGAAUAUUAGAGCGUUAAUCAAGUAUGUAACUACUUCUUGUCAAGUGAGGAUCAAAACAGCUAUAUACUUGACCUCAGAAGCAGAAGAGUUGAUAGAGAUUAUAACAUAUCUGUUCUUAGACCGCCAGCUUCAAGGUCUGUUUGUGCUUUUGAACGAAUGCAUGCAGUCAGCUAUCAGUUACUUCACAGACGAUGAAUGGGAAUCUAGCUGUGAGAAGAUUGCAAAAUCUCUUGCUCGCAGAAUCCCGAAGGAUGUGAACUGCUUAAGAAUCGUAGAAUGCAUUUCGGGAGCCAAUUAUCACAGCAAGAUGCUUAGAAGUGUGGUUGCCUAUCAAAUUCUUCAUAGUUGUUUUGAUUUUAAGGCCCGUGAUGAAGUAGAGCUCCUAAAUUUGCUAAUCUCAAUUAAUGUGAAGAAAGACUGUGACUUCUUCAUGCUGUAUGUAUACUUGGUUCUAGCUGAGAAUUGGCUCUUGUCUGAUCAACUGGGUGACGAGAAACAAGUCUUGAAUGAAAUGUGGCGUCUGUACUUACAAAACUGUUCUUGCCUGAUCGCCAGUACAGAUCUGAGAUCUUUUGCCUCUAAGGUUCGUAAUAAGGCGUCAUAUCUUUUGCAAGGCACCAUCACCAAUGAAAUAUCAUCAAAUUGAAACAAAGGGUAGUGAUGGGAAGAAGCAGGUGGAACAUCCCAUUGAUUUGUCGAAGUCAGUGAUUUGCAAAUUACUGGGAUUUGUGUUCAAAACUAGCCCUUUUUCUGAGGUUGAACAUGAACUUCCAGAUGCUGUGUAUUUGAGCCAUAGUGGGUUUGCCUCUACUAGUAAUAUGGUCAAUUUUGUAAAUGCUUGAUACUUGUUUGACAAAUCCAAUCUAGCAGAGGCUUAUUCCCUACUAUAAUUGAAUUCCUAUAUAAACCCUAACUGGUGGGAUUUAAGUUGCGUAUUCAACAGGAUUUGAAUCUAAAACAAUUAAACAAAUGCCUUUCUGGCGUUACUAAGCAAGGUAGCUAGUUUUUUCCGUUCUCUCCAUCUCAA